ACUGUCAUCUCUUAUGGGCAUUUAGAUCAAAUCCUAGUUUGUGACCUCGGACCUGAUGCAAUCUGGGGUGAACUUCAUAACACCUCUUGUAUCCUUGCACUGGUUACUCCCUGCCAAACAUAUGAAGCCGAUGCAUCAAAGGAUGUUGUUGAAUUCAGAGCAUAUGCCCAACCUGUUAUUACCGACAUUCGUAAUGUCAAAGCUACCGUGGGACAUGUAGAAACAAGGAGGAGAUGGGGAAUCAUUGAUCGCAGUACUAACUUGGUAAAUGUAGUCUUCGACAACCAAGAUGCUACAUUGGCCAGCUCAGAG